CAUGUGGCCGCUGUCACGCAGGUCACGCUUCUCUCUGGUGCUCUGUCUCAUAAUCAAACAUACUUUGGAGGUUAUUAUCUCUUUCAUUGAAGAGUAAUAGAGAUACGAAUUAAAAUGAAUAUCGUUAGGCGACAGUGUCUGAGGAUUUUACACAGCAACCUUAAAAGCCAGACGAUAUCAUAUAGUCCUGGCAGAACUUUCAGCUUUAAAAGUGCCAUGUCCCUGGAGAACUUGUAUCCGGAAAGCAAACUGAAGCUGUACACUCCAACUUUUAAGUCAGAUCCCAAGGUAAAAUUCAGUGGUUAUAUACCCAUGGACAAAGUACAAAUAACGUACAGCGCUAGCAGCGGACCGGGAGGACAAAAUGUGAAUUGUGUAAAUACCAAGGUAGACUUAAGAUUCCAGGUGAGCAGUGCUACCUGGCUAUCGGAAGAGAUCCGAACGAAAUUAGUGGAGCAACAAAAAAAUAGAAUAAACAAAGAGGGUUAUCUAAUAAUCAAGUCGGAUUUGACAAGAUCUCAGCACUUAAAUUUGGCGGAUGCUCUUGAGAAAUUAAGGGCAAUGAUAAGAGCCACCUUAGUAGUCCCAACGGAACCGUCGCCAGAAUCAGAGGAAAAGAAGAGGAAGAAUCUGCUGAGGGCAGCUAGGCAGAGGCUACACGAGAAGAGAGCUCGUUCUCAAGUCAAGCAAAGCAGACAAGUUCCCACGGCUGAGUUUUAAAUCAAUUAUUUAAUCGAUUAUUUAGGUUACUUGUCCAAGUACUAUAUAGCUAUAAGUAGGAAUGAAUUAUAAAGACAAAAUAAUAAAAAAUUUAUAUAUAUUGUA